CGGGCGGCGGCGGGGACAUGGCGCUGUGGGGUCGGCGCGCCUUUGCCAGCCUCAGGCUGAAGGGUCUGGGGGACGGUCCGCGCGGCUGUGGGCCUGCGUGGAUGGGGACGUCAGGCGUCCGUGCGGGGGCGGGUGGGAACAUUGUGCUGCGGGCCGAGAACCUGCUGGCGGCGCGCGUGUUUAAGAUGUCGCUUCCUAGUCCCACAGCUCCAAGGGUAUUCCAGAGGCGUCCGAGGGCACCAGUUCCUUGUUUCUUCUUUCGCAGUAUUUCAGAUGGAAGGAGGCCUCUAUCUUUAUCUGCGGGUGCUUGGAGCAUCUUUGGAAGAGGAGGCAACGGUGAGAAGGAGAAGCUCUCCCUGCAGGACAUAGCCGAGCUGAUCCGAUCCGGAGCCUGCCAGAGGGUGGUGGCCAUGGUAGGGGCCGGCAUUAGCACGCCCAGCGGCAUUCCGGACUUCAGAUCUCCAGGAAGUGGCCUCUACAGCAACCUCCAGCAGUAUGACAUUCCGUACCCUGAGGCUAUUUUCGAACUCACAUUUUUCUUUCACAACCCCAAGCCCUUUUUCACUCUGGCCAAGGAGCUCUACCCUGGGAACUACAGGCCCAAUGCCACACACUACUUCCUGCGGCUGCUGCACGACAAGGGGCUGCUUCUACGGCUGUACACACAGAACAUCGACGGGCUCGAGAGAGAGUCUGGCAUCCCUGACUCAAAAUUGGUUGAAGCUCAUGGGACCUUUGCCUCUGCCACCUGCACAGUCUGUCGAAGAGCCUUCCCAGGGGAGGACUUCCGGGCUGAUGUGAUGGCGGAUAGGAUCCCCCACUGUCCAGUCUGCUCUGGCCUCGUGAAGCCCGACAUCGUGUUCUUUGGGGAGCCGCUGCCCCCCAGGUUCUUGCUGCAUGUGGUUGACUUCCCAAUGGCAGACCUGCUGCUCAUCCUUGGCACUUCCUUGGAGGUGGAGCCGUUUGCCAGCUUGUCUGAAGCUGUGCGGAGCUCAGUGCCUCGACUGCUCAUCAACAGGCACUUAGUGGGGCCGUUGGCCUGGUGUCCUCGCAGCAAGGACGUGACCCAGCUGGGGGAUGUGGUUCACAGCGUGGAAAGGCUGGUGGAGCUUCUGGGCUGGACAGAAGAGAUGCAGGACCUCAUGCAGCGGGAGACUGGGAAGUUCAAUGGCUCGGACAGAUAAGGGGUAAAUGGCCCCGUGGGAGAGGCCCUUCUCUGGUGAGACUGCAUGUGAAGACAGCCUGGGCAGGCUCCCCAAUUCCAGGACACGCAGCCCAUGGAGGCCUGAGGAUGCCACUGUCACCUGUCCCCAGGCUGUGCUAUGUCAGGGAAGGGGCAUGUUUCCACUCAGGGCCACCCAGUCCCUGGCCUGCCUGUCUGUUCAACUAUUUACCCCGGAAGCUUUUUGCUACAAAGAGCUUUCUUCUGACACUGACCUCUUGAACUGAAGCGAACGGACUAGAAUCCCACUGGACUAGAAUCCCACUGGACUUGCUUUGCCUGUGCCGUCUGCCGUCUGGACAGGUUCAGCACCUGUCAGCA